AUGCUGCGCCAGACGCUGAUGUGCCACGCCGACACCGGCCUGAUCACGUACGACUGGGUCGCGGGGCACAGCAGCCAGUACCCGGACUUUAGCACGCGCCAUGUGCGCGUGCCGGAGGAGCGCGUCGUGCGGCUCGCGGACAAUGUCGACCUCGCGGAAGAGCCGUAG